UAGAUUAGAGAACAUUAAAAAUAAAAUUUACUUUAUGAUUUGUAGCCCUUUUAUUAAUUAUUGAUAAAUAAUUUAGCAAAAAUGCUAGAAAGUGUGAAGCAUAUAAUUUUAGUCUUAUCUGGUAAGGGCGGUGUAGGGAAAUCUACUGUCAGCACUCAACUUGCCCUUACAUUGGUUGAAAAAGGGUACAAGGUUGGCAUUCUAGAUGUAGAUUUAUGCGGCCCCAGUAUCCCUUACCUACUACAACUAGAAGGCAACGAUGUCCAUCAAGCUGACGAAGGGUGGGUCCCAGUUUACACAGACCAGACACAAAACCUUGCAGUAAUGUCUAUAGGAUUUCUGCUCAACAACCGAAACAGUGCCGUUGUUUGGCGAGGCCCCAAAAAGACUGCCAUGGUUAAACAAUUUCUUUCUGAUGUCUGCUGGGGCGAAAUUGACUAUUUAAUCAUAGAUACCCCGCCUGGAACAUCAGACGAACACAUAACUGUAAUGGAAAAUUUAAAAGGGGUCAAAUGCGAUGGGGCUGUUAUUGUUACAACCCCUCAAGAAAUGUCUGUGGAAGAUGUUAGGAAGGAGAUUACUUUUUGUAAAAAAACUGGAAUUGCUAUUAUAGGGCUAAUUGAGAAUAUGAGUGGAUUUGUAUGUCCACAUUGUACAGAAUGCACAAACAUUUUCAGUCAAGGGGGUGGCAAAUCGUUAGCUGAUUUGGCAGGAGUAAGUUAUCUUGGUUCGUUACCCAUUGACCCUCGAGUGGGUGAACUAUUGGGCAAAGCUUGUGUGAAAGAAUUACCUGAAUCACCAUCUGCAAAAGCUUUCGGACAGAUUGUAGAUUUGAUAAUAAAAAAUUAAUUUGAUAAUACAAUUUAGCAC